AACCAAUAAGUCACAGUUCCCCAAAGUUCUCAUCGUUGAAAGGGAAACUGCGGAACGGAUGUGCUGUCAUCAAAACCAUCUCAAAUUGUUGAAAAUAUCAAGUUGCUUCAAGAUCAGAUGGAAACAUUGAAUGCUCUCCUCAAGGAUUCAGAGCAAAAGCUAAACAAAUAUGAAGUAAUCGCAAAGGAGUUUGACCAAAUCCAAGAGGUUGUUCAUGAAGCUGAGGAUGUGAUCGACACUUACAUCUAUGAUCUUAAUCGGCAAAGAAUCAAACGGUGGUGGGAUCUGACCAACUAUGUAAGUCACACAAAGCUUCUUCACGAUCUUGCAGACAAGAUAGAAAAAAUUAAGGUUAGGAUUGAAGCUAUACAAAGCAACCAACAACUUGCCAUGGAAUUGCUUCAUAAUAUCCAAGGAGAGACGGAGAUAGAGACAGAGAUAGAGAUGGAUACAAAGGCCAUUUUGAAGGAAUAUAGGAGAAAUGUUGAAAAAGAUGAUGUGGUUGGCUUUAAUGUCUACUCUGAUAAGGUGAUCAAGCGACUCACGGGUGGGAAUAAAGAACUUAAGGUCAUCUCCAUAAUUGGCAUGGGUGGGCAGGGAAAAACCACUCUUGCUAGGAAGAUCUACAAAAAUGAUUAUCUCAAGAGAAGGUUUGAUAGAUUUGCGUGGGCUGAUGUUUCAGAAGACUGGCAAGCUGAAGCAGUAUUGCUCAUUCUCUUGGCCCAAGUGGGAUCAAGUAGUUAUCAUGGAAUGAGUAAGGAAAAUCUAAAACAAGAGAUCCAAAAAGAACUGGAAGAUGGAAUGAGUGUGGAGAAUUUGUUAAAGCAAAAAAUCCAUGAAAGCUUGAGGAGAAAUCCAUAUCUCAUUGUCCUUGACGACAUAUGGAGACCUGAAGCAUGGCGUUCCAUAAAUGAUGCUUUUCCUGAUGACAAAAAUGGGAGUAGAAUAUUGAUCACUAGUCGAUCAGAACAAGUUGCUCGUGUUGCAAGUCCGUCUCAAGAGUUUGUAUACCAGCUUCCAUCUCUCAACACAGAACAAAGUUGGGAACUUCUAUCAAAGAGGGUGUUUAUGGGAGAGCAGUGCCCUCAUGAAUUGGAAGAUCUUGGAAGGAAAAUGGCUAAAAGUUGUCAUGGAUUACCUUUAUCCAUUGUGGUGUUGGCUGGCAUUUUAGCAAAACUAGAGAGAUCUAAGGCAAGUUGGUCUUAUGUUGCUGGAAAUGAAAUUUGGCAUCUUUUUCAACAAAAAGCUGAAUGCACUGACAUUUUGGCACUAAGUUAUAAAUUCUUACCCCAGCAUCUAAAACCAUGCUUUCUGUAUGUUGGUCAUUACCCUGAAGACUUCAAAGUUUGUGUUAGGAAAUUGAUUAAACUUUGGAUAGCAGAAGGGUUAAUACCAAAAGAUACAGGCAAUAAGCAACCAGAGGAUGUUGCAGAAUACUACUUGAUGGAGCUCAUUGACCGAAGCCUGAUCCAAGUUGAAAGCAAGAGGACUGAUGGGGGUGUGAAGGUAUGUCGCAUUCAUGAUCUUUUACGAGCAUUUUGCAUAGAAGAAAGCAAAAGGCAAAAGUUCUAUGAGAUCAUUACUAUGACCAGUAGUUCAAAUUUGGUCAACCCUCAAAGAUUAUUCGUGUAUCAUCAAGCUUCAACUUACCUAGCUUCUAGUCUUAGUGCUAAUCAUUCAUCUGUGCGUUCUUUGAUUUUCUUUGGAAGAGAAGAAAGGGUUGUCACAUGUUGGGAAGUCAUUUUGAAGGACUUCAAAUUGGUUCGAGUCCUUGAUAUCUCCUCUAUUGUGACUAUAAGAAUUCCAAAAAGAAUUGGGCAGCUAAUCCAUCUAAGGUACCUGAAGUUCAAAAAUACUGUUGAUCUUUAUCCAAGACCAAGGGUGCCAAAAACAAUAUUUGACCUACAAAAUUUAGAAACUUUGGAGAUUGAGGGGAAUGCUGUGAUUCUAUCAAGGAGCAUAGAAAAACUAAAACGUUUAAAGCAUCUUUUUCUUCCAAAAAAUUCAAAGAUGCCCCUUCUCAAUGGUCAUCUAGACAAUCUUGAAAUCCUCUCUUAUUUUACUGUUGAAGAUAGUCCAGGUACCUCCCUAACCUAUAUGCACAAACUUAGAAAAUUGGGGUUAUACGAUUGGGAUUCAUAUCCACAUAACUCUUGGCAACACCUUCAAACCUUAUCUGAUCUGCAAACACUCAAGAUUAAAGCUUACAAGUUCCCUCAAAUAUAUGCAAUAAUUGUUCUAUCAAAAUUGACCAAGAUAUCAUUGUGGCUGGGUUCUGAAGAUGUGUCUAUGGAAGUUCUUGGAGCCAUUUCAAGUUUGAGAUUUUAAAAAUAACUCUUGAUGUUAAUUCUUAUGCUGGACGUAUCAUCGACAAUCUUGAUUGUAGAAGUGGAUACUUCCAAAAUCUCAAAGUCUUUCAAAUGAGAAACAUGAGAUGCAAAACUUGGAACUUGAGCACAGGUGCAAUGCCUCGCCUUCAAAGCUUCUCCAUUGAUUAUUGCUGGAGAUUGAUUAAGCUUCCAGAAGAACUAUGGUCACUGCCUGAUUUGCGAAAUGUGGUGGUGUCUGAGCCAUCCAAAGAAAUGGAAGAUUAUCUUGCAGGAAUGGAGAUGAAAGAUGGAUGCAAGCUUACAAUCAUUUAAUAUCGCAUAAGAUGCUUGAUUAACAGGUGCUAAUAUUGAAUCCAUAAGUCUGUUUCAUCUCUUCUCAAAGAGUGAAGAUAAAUGUUGAGUUGCACACGAUCUUGUUUGCAUGUUUGCUUAAGGGUUAUGUUUUGAAAACUUAGUAGAUGUUCGAAUGCUGUGUGUAAUGUUGGAUUGAAACAUAUUUUCUCAUGACACGUUUGAUUUUGAAUAUUCAAAUUUCGCUGCCUUUUGUA